UGCAGGGAGGAGGAGGAGGAGGAGACGCAGGCGGCGGCGGCGUGCAGGGAGGAGGAGGAGGAGGAGACGCAGGCAGUCGCCUCCUCGCCAAACGGACGCUUCCUCAAGUUCAACAUCGAGAUCGGACAAGGAUCCUUCAAGACCGUCUACAGGGGCCUGGACACCGAGACCACGGUGGAGGUGGCCUGGUGCGAGCUGCAGACGCGGCGGCUGUCGCGGGCGGAGCGCCAGCGCUUCAGCGAGGAGGUGGAGAUGCUGAAGGCGCUGCAGCAUCCCAACAUCGUGCGCUUCUACGACUCGUGGAAGUCGACGCUGAAGGGCCAGCAGACCAUCAUCCUGGUGACCGAGCUCAUGACCUCCGGCACGCUCAAGACCUACCUGCGGCGUUUCCGGCAGAUGAAGCUGAAGCUGCUGCAGCGCUGGAGCUCGCAGAUCCUGAAGGGGCUGCACUUCCUGCACUCGCGCUGCCCCCCCGUCCUGCACCGCGACCUCAAGUGUGACAACGUGUUCAUCACCGGGCCCACCGCCUCCGUCAAGAUCGGAGACCUGGGCCUCGCCACGCUCAAGAGGGCCUCGUUCGCCAAGAGCGUCAUCGGGACCCCGGAGUUCAUGGCUCCAGAGAUGUAUGAGGAGAAGUACGACGAGGCCGUGGACGUCUACGCCUUCGGCAUGUGCAUCCUGGAGAUGGCCACGUCCGAGUACCCGUACUCCGAGUGCCAGAACGCCGCGCAGAUCUACCGCAAGGUCACCAGCGGUGUCAAACCGGACAGUUUUUUCAAAGUAAAAGUCCCGGAGUUGAAGGAGAUCAUCGAGGGCUGCAUCCGCACCAACAGUAACGAGCGGUUCACGCUGCAGGACCUGCUGGAGCACCGGUUCUUCCAGGAGCAGCUGGGCGCCCACGUGGAGCUGGCCGAGGACGACGACGGCAGCAAGGGGGCGCUCAAGCUGUGGCUCCGCAUGGACGACAGCAAGAAGCUGCACGGAAAAUACAAAGACAACAACGCCAUCGAGUUCCUGUUCGAACUCUACAAGGACGUACCUGAGGAGGUCGCCCAGGAGAUGGUCGUCCUGGGUUUCGUGUGUGAGGCGGACUAUAAGCUGGUUGCCAAGGCGAUCAGAGACCGGGUGACUGCCGUAAAGCGUCAGCGGGAGAAGCAGCGCCGCCUGGUGGAGGAGACGCUGCACAGCAGGCAGGAGGCCGCCAUCGAGGAGGAGCCUGAGCUCGUCUCCGAGAAACCCGAACCGCCCAAUCAGAAACCUGCUCCUAGCAGUAACCCUUCCCCUGCCAGGACACCGGCCAAUCAGGUUUCACCUGCGUCUGCCUGGCUACAGGCUCCGCCCACGGCAACCAUCUCACUGCCGGAGACGACCUCAUCAACAAGCGCCCCAGUGCAUUCUGGGAUCAGCACCAGCUCUCCCAGGACAGAGGGAGAAGGAGACGAGGAGGAGGAGAGAACCAGCAAGCACACUUCCUGUUCCUCUGCAGCAUCGGACGGUGAGAUGGACAGCUACCUCAGCUCCCUUGGUUUCCUUGAUAAGGUUGAAGCCACACCCCCUUAUUUUAACUCCGCCCCCUUCUCAUCCUUAUCCGUCCCUGUCCCCGCCCCUGCUGCCGCUGGCCGGGAAACCCCUCACUCUGAGGCUCCGCCCCCCGAGGCCAUGGCUAUCAGCGAAGCUCCGCCCAUCCCCGUGCUCCAGUUCCGCUCGAGCUUCGCUGUGUCUCAGAGUGCAGAGCGACCGCAGUCUGGAUCAGCCAGCGGCUUCUCCUCACCUGUCGACAGCUACGCCUCUGACGUGGCCUCAGGCCUGAGUGACGGCAACGAGGGCCAAUCAGAGAACAGCAAGCAGAGGGCGGCCAAACGGCCGGCCCAUAAACUGUUCAGGAGGAGAGCGAGGUCCCGCCUCCGGAUCACAGGGCUGUCAGACAUGGUGGACCGGGUGGUGGAGUGUCAGCUGCAGACUCACAACAAUAAAAUGGUCACAUUCAAGUUCGACCUGGACGGAGACAAUCCUGAGGACAUCGCUGCUGUCAUGAUCCACAGCGAGUUCAUCCUGCCGUCAGAACGGGAGGGCUUCGUCCACCGCAUGGGUGACAUCAUCAAGAGGGCGGAGUCCAUGAUGCGUCAGGGGGAGCCAAUCACUGCAGCCGAAACCGAUAGACUGCCAUUUCAGUCAAACCUGGAAACCGAAAGCCUCUCCAGAAACCUGUCGUCCUCCUCGCUACCAGACUACGCUGCAGUGAAUGUUGGUGAUGUCAGCAGAGGCUCCUCCCCCUUAACAGUCGGAGACUUCUACAUCGACCCUGAGGCCACGCCCCCUGUCAGGCCGCUGAGGUCCCAGUCCUUCCACACGUCAGGCUCCGCCCCCUACUCCCCCCUGUCCUCCCGCCCAGACUCCACCCCUCUUCCCUCCCACCUCCUCCCUGCUCCUCAGCAUCACCUCCCCUCUCCCCGUGACUCCCCCCACACCUCCUCCCUUGCCCUCCAGAGCCCCGCCCCUGACCUCCCCACCUCACUCUCCCCCUCCUCCUCCUCCUCCUAUUUGGUGAAAAAUGGAGCCGGGUCAGGGGAGGAGACCAGGGGUGGCAGUUUAGUGUCUAUGGGAGGUUCUAUGCCCUCCCCUCCUCCCGCUGCUCCUCCUCCUCCUGCUGCUCCUCCUACUCCUGGUGCUCCUUCUGCUCCUGCUGCUUCUCCUGCUCCUCCUUCUGCUCCUCCUUCUGCUGCUCCUCCUUCUGCUGCUCCUCCUUCUGCUCCUCCUUCUGCUCCUCCUGCUGCUGGUACUCCUGCUGCUCCUGCUCCUCUUGCUGCUCCUCCUGCUUCUUUUAACGCCAUUCCAGCUCCUACAACUCCUCUUGUUCCUCCUGCUGAACCUCCAGCUCCGCCUCCUGCUCUUCUUCCUGUUAUGCCAUUUGCUCCUCUUCCUGCUCCUCCUCCUCCUCCUCCUCCACAUUGGCCUGCUCCCAGCCAGCCUCUCUUCUCCCUGGCCAAUGUGUUCUCCCUGGCGAUGAGUGUGGCCCAGUCGUUCAUGACUCCUCCUGGGACCCCGACCCAGAGUUUUCACCCCCGCACCCAGCCCGUGUCCCCGCCCCUCUCUCCUGCCCUUGCCUCUAAGCCCCGCCCUCCAGCGAUGCUCCACCAACCCCCCGCCCCCAUCCCUCCUCCCCCUGCCUCCCUUUCCGCUAGCCCCGCCUCCUUCACUCUUCGCCCCGCCCUCCACUCCCCUGCUUCUCAGUCAGGCUCCGCCCCCAGCCAGCAGGAGGUGCUGUCAGGCCGGACAAACACCGUGCAGCCGCAGCCCGGCAGCGCCCCCCUGCAGGCCGGCUCCGCUGCGCCCCCUCAUGGUUCUCAGAGCAGCUCGGGGUCCACCUUCAGCCCACCCACCAGUCCACCCAGUCCUUCCAGUCCUCCCAGUCCACCCAUCAGUCCAUCCAUCAGUCCACCCAUCAGUCCACCCAUCAGUCCUCCCAGUCCACCCAUCAGUCCACCCAGUGUUUCCAGUGUCUCCAGUCACAGAGAGCCCUCCUCCUCCUCCUCAUCUUCCUCCUCCUCAGCUCCGUCAAGCCCUCACAAUACAGUGUCCUCCCCCUUCGCCCCGUCAGCCAGACUGUCACCCAUAUCAGAGGAAAGAAAACCUCCGAUCUUCACAGUCGGCCGUUUCCAGGUGACGCCCACAAAAGAAAUCCCCGCCCCCCAUCAUCAGGAGCCCCGCCCAUUCCACCAAGCCAAGCCCACCACGUGCUCACCCCCUCCCUCCAGGGACAGCCAAUCGGAGAGCAGCACAGAGGAGCACAGCGAAUCGGAGAGCAGCAUCAGCACAGUGAGGGUCUCGCCGCCCAGCUUCCUUUUUGAAGCGUCUCCUGGUUACCGUGGCAACUCGGGAGGAGUCAUGGAAGGAGAGGAAGGAGAGGAGGAGGAGCAGAGGAGGAAGGAGGAAGAGGAGGAGGAGCAGAGGAGGAGGAGGGGAGCCCGGAGGCUGAGCGUCAGCCUGUGGGAGGGGACGGCGGGCAGCCCCGGGCUCAGCCAAUCGUGGACGAGCUACACCCGCUCCGCCUCCUACGUCAGCUCGGACGAAUCAGAGAGCGAGGACGAAGAGAUGUGGGAGGAGCUGCAGGAGCUACGUGAGAGGCACCUGUCAGAGGUGCAGAACCUGCAGGCCAAUCAGAAGCGAGAGAUAGAAGAGCUGUACGAGCGGAUGGGUAAAGUCCCGCCCCCAGGCAUUGUGUCACCAGCCGCCAUGCUCAACAACCGCCAGCGACGGCUGUCCAAGACCGGCAGCUACCCCCCCACCCGCAGGAACAGCCUGCAGAGACUGGACAUACUGCCCCCUGCAGGUAUCAUGAGGAAGAGCUCGGUCGGCGGCAGCAGCAGUGGCUCUCAGGACAGGCCAGGGAAGGGCGUGACCUUUGCCCCCGAGCACAGCUGCAUGUGAGCCGCUGUGAUGAAGGAUGAACAAGAACUGAAGAGGAAGAAGGAGAAGAAGACUGUGUGUGUUGUGGCACACGCACACACACACACACACACACGGCGAGUGUGUUGGUGUGUGAACGAUAACGAGACUUUAUUUGUCGAGCACUUUUCAAAACCAUAAUAAGUUAUAGAGAUAAGAAUAAAGUUUAGAGAUAAAGUGAGAUUAUCAAAGAGAUUAACAAGCAGAACAGUAAUAAUAAUAACAAUAAUAAUAAUAAUAAUAAUAAUAAUAAUAAUAAUGAUAAUAAUAAUGACUUCACAGAGCACUUUUCCAGGUUAGGGUUCAGAUGGAGAGAUUAGAGAUGAUGAAGUGUGUACCUGUUGUUAUUCAUGUGUUCCCCAUAAUGUCACACGGCGCCACCUGGAGGACGGACUGAGGCUGCUAACAGCGGUCAGAAAUCUUUUAUGAUAAACAGAAAACAGGAGAGUUCAGGAGACGAGUGGCGGAGCGGAGAGCAGCAGCGCCGUCGGGGUUUGAAGGUUUAGUUUGAAUUUGCUUUUCGAGCCGGUUUGCUGCUUCAGGUUUUCUUGGUGUCCGUGUUGGUUUUAGUUUUUUAUUCCUGUGGGACGUUUUUAUUCUGUCAUAAAACAUCAAAAAAAAAAAAAAAAGUCUUCACUGAG